ACUGGAUGUGAUCAGCGCGAUUAUUUAUUGUGGGAGCUUUGUGUUUAAGUGCACUCGAGAGCACCGAAGGCGUUACAGUGUUAAUGAGCAGAACGGUGUGCUGCUGAUGAUGACAUGUAACCGCUGUGACUGCUGUAUGUGCGCCACCGCAUGUUCACAAGCAGGUUACAGAAAUCCACGGCGGUUUAUUGAAACAAUCUGCUCGUGCACCACCAGCGAGCGCUUGAUUGAUGCUUCUCCAUCUCUGAAUGAAGUGCUGCAGAGGACGCGACUGUCGUUGAUGACACCGAGGAGACUAAAAUGGGAGAACAUCACCUGAGCCCUGCUUCCAGAGAAGAGACAGACACAAAGGCGACUGACAACCGACAGCCAUUCGAAAAGAGCCGAACGGAUGCUUCGUUUCCAAUUAUCGUUACACGAACUGACAAGUGUGAACAUUCGUCUAAGAGGGAUCAGGAUGUGCUGAACAUUUCUUCUUGUGUUACAUCAUCUUUCAAGGUGUGAAGAGUGACAGUACAGUUGUCGGACCUUCAGGCUGGUGUUGGUGAUAUCCGAAAGGCUCCUAAUGCGUAAUCUCCCACCUUGUCUCUGUCACUAUGCCCACCUUUCCACCUCUGGGCAGUAACUCCAGCACAGUGCCCUGGGACCCCGGCGCACCUUCUCUGGUGAACAGCAUGGUGAAGAUGGUGCUCAUAUCGGUGAUCGUGUGCACAUCGCUUUUUGGAAAUGUUGUUGUGCUACUGGUAUUCCAGCGCAAGCCGCAACUUCUCCACGUUGCCAACCGUUUCGUGCUUAACCUGCUCCUGGCCGACCUACUGCAGACGGUGUUUGUCAUGCCCUUCGCCAUCGCUGCCACCGUGCCUGAGGUCUGGCCGCUGGACGCCCGACUCUGCCAAGCCCUUGUGGUGCUCAUGCACCUGUUUGCAUUUGCUGGCGUCAACACCAUCAUCGUGGUAUCCGUAGAUCGCUAUUUGGCCAUCAUCCACCCGCUGUCCUACCCCACACGAAUGACACCUCACCUGGGUACCAACCUGAUCGCUCUCACAUGGCUUCUUAGUGUGCUUCAGAGCACUCCGCCGCUUUAUGGAUGGGGAACCAUCGAAUUUGAUCUGCGCCACAAAGCCUGCACUGUUGUUUGGUCCUCAAGCUACUCGUAUUCAGCCCUGGUGUCUGCACUUUCGUUCUGGCUGCCUGUGGUGAUCAUGCUUUGCUGUUAUUGGAUGGUAUUCAGGGCGGCAAGGCGGCAGAAUGCCCUCGUUCACCCUAUCCAAUCCAAUCGCCCUCCAGAUUCCCAAGCAUCCUGUUCCAGCCCCCAAAGGCAUCCCCAACCAGAAGGCCCCUUUUCAGCCUCUUAUCCCAUCAGAACCCGCCAUAGACGCUUCCAUUAUCACUGUAAGGCUGCGCGGGUGGUGUUUGUCAUCAUGGCGUCCUAUGUGUUCAGCAUGGGCCCGUACAGUGUGCUAAGCACAAUAUCCAUUUACUCUAGUGCAAUGGUGCCACCCUGGUUGGCCUCGAUGGCGCUCAUUCUCUUCUUUCUGCAGUGCUGCUUACACCCCUACAUCUACGGCUACAUGCACCGCAGCGUACGCAAGGAGUUCCUGGCUCUGCUCUGCGGGCCACUGUGCGGGCAGGGCCGGAUCAGUCAGGGCUCCGGCGUGGACAGUUGCUUCACGGUGACGGAUGGACGCAUGGCACACACUCAUCUCUCAAGCCAGGCUGCCCGAGUGUGUCCUCUCCAAACCUGGGAGGAAGGCACCGUGUCUUCUUCCCCUACAGAGAGGAGGUCCAAAGACAGCCGUAAGGAAACCACCUCCAUCAGUCUGAGCUCAGAGAAGGAGCUCACGGUACACAGCAACACCAACAAACAACAUGAGGAAACACCUACAGGCAAAUUCUGAACAGAUCUGGGGUUUAUACAUCUCUUCUGGUUUCCAUUUAGGGCACAAUUUGGUACUUUUGAAUCAAAUACUGUGCCUUUAAACACAAGCUCACACUCUCAGACAGAAAGGUACAGAAACUGUCACUGAGACAGUAUCCUUUUAAAAUGUACUAUUUUGUGCCAUUUAUUUACUAAUAUGUACAUUUUAAGUGAUAUCAUGUACCUUUAAGAUACUAAUAUGAACCAAAAUAUAGGGAACAAAUGGUCCAAAAUGUCCUUUAUUAAAAGGCACCAAGUCUGAGAAGUAAUCUGAGAAUGCAGAUUUGUGACCCUGGACCACAAAACCAGUCUUAAGUGUCAAUUUUUCAAAAGCUGAAUAAACAUGCAUUCCAUUGAUGUAUGGUUUAUUAGGAUUGGACAAUAUUUGGCCAAGGUUGAAAAUCUGGAAUCUGAGGGUGCAAAAAUAAAUAAAUAAUCAAAAUACUCAGAAAAUAACCCUUUAAAGUUGUCAAAAUGAAUUCUUAGCAAUGCAUAUUGCUAAUCAUAUAUUACGUUUUGAUAUAUUUACGUUAGGACAUUUACAAAAUAUCUUCAUGGAACAUGAUCUUUAUGUAAUAUCCGAAAUAUUUUUGGCAUAAAAGAAAAAUCGUUAAUUUUGACCCAUACAAUGUUUUUCUGGUGACUUAAAACUAGUUUUGUAAUCCAGGUUCCCAUUUGUUCUGCUAUAUGUAACCAUACGUGUUCCUAGUUAUGCUAUGGACUUACUUUAUGGUUAGUAUCUACAAAAAUAACAUUGACCACAACAACAGAAAAGCCUAGCAAACGUAUUUUCUUGGCUGGAUAAUAGACUGUUUAAAUUAUCUAUUAUUCAAGAGUUAGAUUUAUUUAUUUAUCUUAUAUUCAAAAAUAUGUUUUAAAUAAAUUAACACGUAUUCAGCAAGGAUGCAUUCAGUUGCAUUAAAAUGCACUGAAAUCAUGAUGUUCACAAAAAUAUUAAGCAGCAUAAUUGUUUUCAAUAUUGAUAUUAAGAAGUGUUUCUUGAAUGUCAAAUUAGCAUAUGAAUAAUUUCUGAAGGAUCAUGAGACACUGCAGACUGGAGUAAUGGCUGCUAAAAAUUCAGCUUUGCCAUUACAUAAUUAAUAUACUUUUAAAAUAUAUUAAAAUAGAAAAGAGGUAUUUAAAUUGUAUUGUUUCAUAUUAUUACUGUUGCUGUAUUGUUGUUCAAAUAAAUGCAGCCAUGAUGGGCAUAAGAGGCUUGAAAAAAUGCUUUAAAAAUGUUAUCAACCUUAAACUUUUCAAUGGUAGUGUUUACUCUGUGAAUGGGAAAGUGGCUGAAAAUAUACCAUCAUUUGCAGUAUUUGUCAUGGUUAUUUAAACAGACUAAAAAUAAGGUCUGAAUAUUAAUUUAAUACACAAGGCUUGACAUCUAAUGUCUUUUAUGUGUGGUUUAAAAUAGAAAAUAUUGGAGACAUAGUAUAAAGUGCUCCAUCAAAAACAGAAUAUUGAUUUUCCUUUAGUGUUUUGAUAUAAUUCUUACAAUAUUAUAGGGAGUAAAAUGUUGGAAAAAUAUUUUUUUGAGACAGCGUAUAGUAGUGUAUAACAUGUCUAACAAAAUGAAUGUUCUUUGUAUACAUCCAUGUCAAAUGUAUUGCUACUUUAUAAUUUAAAGACAAAGUAUUCCUUAUGUUAAAUGAAUUUAGAAUACAUGUGGAAAGAUUUUGGUCUAUUUUUCUAAGCAUACACAUAAACUUUUUUAUACAACUGAUUCAUUGUCACUGGAAUCAACGUUCUCUUACAGGAACAAUGUAAAUUCAAGCAAAAGGAAGCUAAAUUGAAAAUAUAUAUAUUGUUUAUUUAUUGUUCAUGCACCAAUAAUACUUAAGCGAUGAAUCACAUCAGCAUUAGGGUAUGGGUCACUGUAUUUCUGUUUGUAUAUAAAAGGUGUGUAAUGUGGAGGGGUUUCAGUGUUUUGAAGAGGGUGAGUCACAUGAAAACUGUCAAGAUCAUGUCUGAUUAUAUUUAACCCCAAUAGCAGAGAGAAAAAAAGAAAAUGAACCCUU